AUGGAAAGACAACUCCCAUUCCCUUAUAAAUUCCUUGUCAUCCGAAAGGAACGCGACGAAUGGAUGCUCGCAAAUAUCUCCACUUUCGACUGCGCAGAGCCUCCUUCCAUGCCCACCCUAGGCACAAACGAGCAUGAUCGAAAAGAUUCACGAUUCCAACUCGCCCUCUAUCCCACCGCGGCUCUAGUAUUCAUCGAAAAUACUAUCGAAAAGAUCAAUGCCUCACCAUCUUUGGAGGGCACUGGGUGUAAAUAUUGCAUCCUUGGGGCGGAUACGGCUAAGAAGGACGAUAAAUGGGAGAAUAUAUGCAUGGUAUUGAAAUUGGCGAAUUGUAAUGAUUCGUUUAAGGCUGUUGUGGGGGAUCCGGAGUAUUUGAGGUCGGUUGGUCAUCAUGAAGAGGUUGAUGGGGUUUCGAUGAUGCUUGAACGUUCUGCUUUGCAGACUCCGACGCCUUCGGAUACUCAUACUCCAAUACAGUGA